AUGCCCGUUAUUCCAGCCGCGGCCCCUCAAGUCUGGCUUGAGUCGGAGCCCGUCUCACUGCCCUACGAUCGGUCGUACGAGGAUGGCAGAUGGGAUCCCCAGGUGGUACUACAUACCGGCGGCAGCACUGGUAUCCCAAAACCUGUUGUCGUGCGGCAAGAGUGUUUCACUAUUUUUGAUGGGCUCCGAAACGGUCCUGAAUUUCAUGACACUAUUAGUGCUUUUGCUCACUUAUUCAUGGUUAAGACGCUUUCUAUUCCGAUGCCUGAGUUCCACGUCGCUGGCGUUGCUCUGGUGAUAAACGCGGGUAUCUUUUACGGCGCGACUUUGGUGUACGGAGUUGCAGAUGGGCCAUUGAGUGCUGACCUGGCAAUUCUAAGCUUAGUACACUCUGGUGCAGAUGCAGCUACUCUCCCACCGUCUGUUGUGGAAAAAAUGAGCCUGACAGAGGUGGGCAUUUCUGUGUUGGCUGGUCUUGAUAUCGUGGCAUUCGGUGUAGGUAGUCUUGCCCCGGCGGCUGGUGGCAUGCUCGUUGAGAGUCGUGUCGCUUUAGAUAUGGGCGCCGAGUUCAUGCCAGCUGAGGUGAAUCUUGAAGCUUACGAAAUGGUUCUCCGCAAUGACGAUGAGAAUGAUCCCGGACGCAAAGCGUUUUUUUACAACUUGCCUGAAAAGACUGAGUGGCGGACCGGCAACCUUUAUGAGCCACACCCAACGCUGCCCAACCAUUGGAGAUAUAUUGGAAGGGCUGACAAUAUUAUUGUAUUUUCCAACUGCGAGAAGUUGAACUCAGUUACUAUAGAGGAAGCGGUUCAAGGCCACAAGGCUGUGAAGGGAGCGAUCGUGGUCGGGGAUCAAAGGUUCCAGCCUGCGCUCAAUGUAGAACCAGUCGAGAUACCCGCAAACAAUGUGGCAGCAGAAGCUCUCCUCCAAGACGUGUUGUCUCUUGUCCAGGAAGUAAAUAAGGCGACCGUGGCUCAUGGACGCAUCUCACGCGACAUGAUUGUUCUUUAG